AUGCGCUCCGACAUUCUGGUGACAGCACUUUUUGGAGCAUCGUCGGCGUCGGCGAUGCUAGACUGCAAAAAAAUCGUCGCUAGCGAGCACGAGUUUGAUCUUUCAACGCUCACGGGCCCGCACUCAGUCGUCACUUCGCGCCUGGAGCCUAUCACAGGGCUUCACCACAACCGGACGUACACGCUCGACGUAUGCGGAAACUUGAAGAAGAGCGGCGAUGCGAAGAAAACUGAGGAAUGCCCCAACGGCACGCGAGUAUGUGCCAUCAAGCGAGUCAUUGGCGACGACUCGGACCAGAUUACCGAAGUCAUCCCCAUCGCGGGCUCGUUGGAAAACUACGGCGGUACCGCGUUUGACUACGAGGUCACACGGCUAAAGACGAGCGACUCCAAUGCCGACUCGAAGAAGGAAGGCCUGCGACUGGUGCUCAAGGGCGGCCGACACGAGAAGCGCGAUCAAAGAGCGGUUAUUGAAUUUCUGUGCGACCGCAAUCAGACCGGCUUGGAGGGCGAGUGGGAAGCAGAGGACAAGUACGAGAGCAGCGCCAAGCGCAGGCGCGACGACAAGGAGGACGACGACAAGGAUGGCAGCAAUGAAGAGGUGGAGCACCAGCUGAAGAAGGAUAAUGCAGCUCUGAUUUGGGAGAGCUACGGCGCCGAAAAGGAUGCAGACAUUCUGCGCCUGACCUGGCACACCAAGUACGCCUGCGAGAAGCGUGAUGACAACGAUGUCGAGGAUCCAGAGGAGUCUCCCAAAAGCGGCAGCUGGGGCUUCUUUACCUGGCUGAUUAUCAUCGGCUUCCUCGGCACGGCGGCGUACCUCAUCUUUGGAUCAUGGCUCAACUACAAUCGGUACGGAGCUCGCGGCUGGGACCUCCUGCCCCACGGCGACAUGAUUCGGGACGUCCCCUAUUUGCUCAAGGACUGGGUGCGGCGCGUGCUCAACACGGUGCAGGGCGCGGGGAGCCGGGGUGGCUACAGCGCGGUUUGA